AUGUUCAUAGCCCAACAUAUCGAUUACGCUCAUUGCAUGUAGGCCUACAGAUCCCUCUGGAGCCACAUGCCUGUGCUUUUUGUUUUGUCAAUAAGACAGCGCACUUGUACUUAUUUGACUUAGAAUACAAACUUGUCCUACCUGGUAUUUCAGGUUUCAGAUGUGAACUUUUACACGAAACAUUCAACAAAACAAUAAUAGGGGCUUCGAAAGUGAGUCCCCCCCAGGAGCGACUCCAAUAUCAUCGGAUGGAUACUGCUGCCCCCUGUCGCACUUGAAAGUAGUCCCGGCCGGUUGGUUGAAUAACUGUGAAGCGCGCCUAAGCAAUCGGUGCAUUGGUCCCUGCAAGUUCCCAGUAGGUAUCCAGUCAUGGCUAAAGAAACCGGCGCCGCCAUCAUGAAGACCCAGCAGCUCCUGGCUGCCAUGGCCGACACCCACCUGGAACACAUGUGCCUCCUGGACAUCGACUCAGAGCCGGCUGUGUCCCGCAACACUGGCAUCAUCUGCACCAUCGGUGCUGGGCGAGAAGGGCAAGAACAUCAAGAUCAUCAGCAAGCUGGAGAACCACGAGGGCGUGCGCAGGUUCGACGAGAUCCUGGAGGCCAGUGACGGCAUCAUGGUUGCCCGCGGCGACCUGGGCAUUGAGAUCCCCACCGAGAAGGUGUUCAUCGCCCAGAAGAUGAUGACCGGCCGGUGUAACAGGAUCGGAAAGCCCAUCACGUGUGCAACACAGAUGCUGGAGAGCAUGAUCAAGAAGCCCCGCCCCACCCGCGCCGAGGCCAGCGACGUGGCCAAUGCCGUGCUGGACGGCAACGACACCAUCAUGCUGAGCGGGGAGACCGCCAAGGGGGACUACCCCCUGGAGGCCGUGAUGAUGCAACACAAGAUCGCCCGUGAGGCCGAGGCGGCCAUGUACCACAGGCAGAUGUUCGAGGAGCUCCGCCGCACCUCCCACUUGACGCGCGACCCCACAGAGGCCAUCGCCAUCGGCACCGUCGAGGCGUCCUUCAAGUGCUGCGCCAGCGCCAUCGUGGUGCUCACCAAGACCGGCAGGUCAGCCCACCUGCUGUCCCGGUACAGGCCCCGCUCCCCCAUCAUCGCCGUGACCCGGUGCGGGCAGGCGGCCCGCCAGGCCCACCUAUACCGCGGGAUCUACCCCGUCCUCUACACCAAGCCCGCCAACGACGUCUGGGCCGAGGACGUGGACCAGAGGGUCAACUUUGCCCUGGAGUAUGGCAAGCACCACAACUUCCUGAAGUCCGGCGACGUCAUCCUGGUAGUGACCGGCUGGCGCCCGGGCGCAGGGUACACCAACACCAUGCGUGUUGUCCUGGUGCCUUGAACCACCUGACCCCCCCCCCCCCCCUACACCCUACACGCCCCCUCCUGGGGCAUUAGAAAAGCCCUCCGUCUCUCCUCUCCCUUCAGUCCAACUUCUAUAGAGGACCACUGUCACCUCCACCUCCACAAGGCCGGUCCCCGAGCCUUCUGAGACAGUCACCCCACACAGAACGACAGCAGAACGAAGGCCCACCCGAUUGUAACCCGCAGUCCUCCUCCACCUACCCGCCCUGAUUCCACUUGUGUGAUCUACAGAUGUGUUACUCACUGUCUGGGUCCUCUUCCAUUAGUGUGUGUCUGUCCUGAGGCAAAUACAUGCAAAUUAUUUUAUGAUGUUCUGUCAUCUCUAUUUUGUCAUGUUAGUUUGUGUCUGAUUGAUUUUGCAUUGUUACCACAGAACGCCAUGUCAGACCUUUUGGUUUGGAAGCUGGGAACUUGAGGUGAACAUGUGGAUGAGUUCUAAUGCAGACAUUUGUUCAGUUCAGUGGCCAUCUGGAUUGUGGAAGUGACGUGACAUGGAUUUAAAAAUAAACAACAUCAAUUAACAAUAAACAAAUAAUCAACAUCAAA